AAAGUGACGUCAAAAAUAAGCGACGGUGUCUGUUUACUUCCCUAGUUUUCUCACCACAGCAGGCAAAGUUGUGAAUCAAGCUGGAGAGAACUACAGAGACACUCAACCAGAGAGAAACAAGCUUCCAGAUACUGGACACCAGACAGGACCCUGAGAGACCACAGAACAAAUAGAGACCUGAGUUAUGGAGACACAUCAGUGUGACACCUGUGGGAAGAGCCUUUGCUCAUCCAGGAGCCUCAAGCAGCACAUGAUGAUCCAUGCUGGGGAGAAGCCCUACAGCUGUGACCUCUGUGGUAAAACCUUUAGCCAGGCUGGCAGUUUAAGAGCUCACAGCAGGAUCCACACUGGAGAGAAGCCCUACAGCUGUGACCUCUGUAGUCAAACCUUUAGCCAUACUGGCAAUUUAAGUUCUCACCGCAAGACCCACACAGGAAAGAAGCCCUACAGCUGUGACCUCUGUGGUAAAAACUUUAGCCAUACUGGCAAUUUAAGUUCUCACCGCAAGACCCACACAGGAAAGAAGCCCUACAUCUGUGACCUCUGUGGUAAAAACUUUAGCCAUACUGGCAAUUUAAGUUCUCACCACAAGACCCACACAGGAAAGAAGCCCUACAUCUGUGACCUCUGUGGGAAAAGCUUUAGCCGGGCAGGUACUCUCACUCUUCACAGCAGGACCCACACUGGGGAGAAGCCCUACAGCUGUGACCUCUGUGGUAAAACCUUUAGCCAUGCCUCCAGUUUCAGAAAUCACAGCAGGACCCACACUGGAGAGAAGCCCUACAGCUGUAACCUCUGUGGUAUAAACUUUAGCCAGGCUGGCAAUUUAAGAUCUCACCGCAAGACCCACACAGGAGAGAAGCCCUACAGCUGUGACCUCUGUGGGAAAGCCUUUAGCCGGUCUGAUACGCUCACUCUUCACCGCAAGAUCCAUACUGGAGAGAAGCCCUACAGCUGUGACCUCUGUGGGAAAACCUUUACCGGGGUGUCCUCUUUCAGAGUUCACAGCAGGAUCCACACUGGAGAGAAGCCCUACAGCUGUGACCUCUGUGCGAAAACCUUUAGCCGGUCAGAUAAACUCAGCCUUCACCGCAAGAUCCACACAGACACACAUAUAAGGACUUCUGUUUUGAAAUAAUGUCUAGCUGUUUGUGGUGGUGUUGUGGAAUCUCAUUCUUUACUGUAUUUUUAUUAAAUGAAGGUCUGAGGUCAGAAAAGCUUGUCUUUAUCUUUUGUUCUUGCAGCAAGAAGGAGCAGUUCUAAAACAGAUUAGAUAACAAUCUAGUCUGAGUGAGCAGUCUGCAGUUGGGUACUGUUAGACGAUGAGAACACUGCACUAUCUAUAGUUCAAGUCAUCUGUAUUUGUGUGUUUCACUGACAUCUUAAGCACCAACUGCAUCACAGGCACUGUGCACUAGUCUCUCUAAUAAUAGCAGGAAUAUGUUUGUGUGUACAAAUUAGAAUGGGUUAGUAAGACGUGAGCAAGGAGAAUGAGAAGGACAAGCCAGAGCUGAGGAGGUCUCAGGAGAUCAAGAAUCCACAGAACAAUGCUUCACAAUUCCCUUUAUGCACAAGAACAACCAACCAGACCACAUCUUGACCCUUAUCCACAUAUGACUAGCACGGCUACAGUAACACAAUGAGGUGUGAGAGCCAUCAAGUAGAGACUCCGUCCAGUAACUCCAGAUUUUAGCAUAUGAGAGGAGGGGGGCAGGGUGACACCCAGCCUUUCAAAGCGAUGAUAAGGAAUCAGAAUGGGUUUUAAUCGCCAUGAAAGUUUGCAAAAACAAGGAAUUUACUUUGGCAGGAAGGUGUAUACAUUCAACAUAUAGGAAUCUUAACUUAAAUAUGUGGUCUAACUAUACUAAAGGUACAAAGUCUCACUAAUCCUAAGUGGCUAAAGUAUGUAAAAUUUCAAAUUUUAAUAAAAAAUAUGAAACAUAAAAUAGCCAUCAUAUAC